AUGGUUUUUCUGGGCUUCAUGGUUUGUGGAGUGUUGGGAGGAUACAUCGCCGACCGAUAUGGACGCUGGAAGGUCGUGGUCGGUGGCUUCGUGUGGAGUGCGUACUUCUCGCUGCUCACGUCAUUCGCACCGUCUUACGGUUGGUUCAUCUUUCUGCGUGCCAUGGUGGGCUGCGGCGUCGCAGGAGUGUCGCAGGGGUUUGUGCUGAAGACCGAGUUCAUCCCGGCAAAGUAUCGAGCCAUCCUGCUGCCUCUGGCCACCAUAUUCUGGAUGCUGGGCUCCAUGCUUAUCAUCAUUCUGGGUAUGCUGGUGGUUCCAACUUUGGGCUGGAGGUGGAUGAUACGGAUCUCUGUCACACCCAGUAUCAUCCUCAUCUUCCUCUUUAAGUUUAUUCCUGAGUCGGCUCGUUAUAACGUAUCAGCAGGAAAGACUGAGGCUGCCAUGAAAACGCUGCACUGGAUUGCUAAAAUGAACCGAGCUUCUCUUCCGCCAGGACGACUCGUGGAGCCCGUUACGAGAGAAAGAGGCAGCUGGAGAAUUCUGCUCAGCCCAUCAUUCAGGAGGACAUCUGUACUGCUCUGGUACUCAUGGUUUGUGGCAUCGUUUAUAUACUACGGCUCAGUGCUGAGCAGUUCAGAGCUGUUGGAGAAGAACCUGUUGUGUGUGAUCGAUGCUGACAAAGAGCAUCAGGUCAAACAUCGCCAUGAGGACGGACUGUGUUACUGCAUCCCCUUUGGUUACAGUGACUACCAGACUCUGCUUAUCAGUUGCCUCGGAGAGGUUGCAUUGGUCCCAGCAAACAUCGCUCUGCUCAACGUGUUUGGACGCAAAAUGACUCUGACCGUGCUGCAGCUGCUAGCAGCCUUUUUCUUUAUGAUACUCAACAUUUGCUCCACUAUGUUUGGCUUCACGGUGCUGCUGUUUCUGCUACGGUCUCUGGUCUCCAUGAACUUUAAUGUGGUUUACAUCUACACGGCAGAGGUGUACCCCACGGUGGCGCGCUCUCUGGGGAUGGGUUUCUGUACGUCGUUCAGUCGCAUCGGUGGAAUGAUCGCUCCGUUCAUUGCUCAGGUGCUGAUGUCUCAGUCGGUGAUUCUGGCUCUCUGUCCGUUCGCUGUGGCCUGUGUGCUCUGCGCUCUAGGAAACUUCCUGAUGCCGAUAGAAACCAAAGGACGAGCUCUGCUGCAAAACUCCUGAUGGUGUCUCCGAACAAACUGCUGCUCUUUGUUAUUUCAUUUUGGUUACAUGUGUAAAGACUUUAAAUAUGAUACUGACCUCAGGUGUUGCUGUGCCUUCAUUAACAGCUCAAAGGGAAUGAAUGUUUGUUAGCAUCAGUGAAGGAAACCUUACAUUGUUCAGGUUGUCA